UUCAGCAUCGAUUUUAUUGCAUUAUUUUUGCAAAGGAAGUCAUAGAUCCGCGAGUUCAGCAACAAUCAGUGGGAAGGGUUUCCUCGACACUGCUGCUUGGCAAGCCACAGGAUGGGGUUUCGGAAGGCACCCCAAAGCGAAACAUUCAGAAAAAUUCCAUUUUUAAGGCUUGUUUAUUUUUGAGAGAGAGAAGAGAGAAUGAGCAGGGGAGCGGCAGUGAGAAAGGGGGACAGAGGAUCCGAAGCAGGAUAGCACAGAGCCCGAUGUGGGGCCCGAACCCACACACCGUGAGCUUGUGACCUGAGUGGAAGUGAGACGCUUAACGGACUGAGCUACCCAGGCACCCCCUCAGAAAAAUUCAAUCUUAAGACUGCACUGAUUGAAGACCUAUGAUCAAUUUAUGCAUAUCUUAUCGGAAGGAAAAACAAUGGUAAGCUUCUGGCACCGUCCGUAAGAAACACCCAGAUUUCAGAGAUAUUAACAACCACAAAAGGCUCUUAAAACGCCAGCAACAUGGUAAAACAUUUUAAUUUAGGGUUCCCGGGCACUAAAGUCUGCACUCCAACAAAAUAAACUCAGAGAACAAAUCAAUUUUAUUAAUGAAUGACUGGGCAUAGGUACACGGAUCGACUGACCCAAGUAUGUAUUAAAACAACUGCUAACCACUUCCCAUCACCAGGGACAGGGCCCAGGCAAAGCGUUGCGCAGUGGCUUCCUGGUUCUGAAUCCCUUCCUGGUUCUGAAUCCCUUCCUGGUGGCUCUUCUCGACUUCUCUUGCCUGUCUACUCGCCCCUUCCCACCCGUCCAUCUUUCCUCCCCAAAUCAGUUCUCAUCAAAUGGAGUGACUUGCACGGCCUGGCAAAUUAUUACCGCGACAGGGAUUAAAACUUUAAGCAAAAGGGGUGAACUUUAAGUGACAGUUGGGGAGUAAUUUUGAGUGGGUAAGGGUGGGCUCCCUUGGUCGCAAAGGUAAAGCCCCCUCUUCCUUUUCAACCAACCAGGCGUUUAGGGGAAUGAUGUGGUCUUAGGUCUCCCCCACCAACCAGUCAGAAAAAGGUCAAGGCCUGAAAUUCCACACCCGUGGGGCCGGGAUGGCCACCGGAUUUUUGAACCCAGACUAGUGGGCUCCAGAACGCUUAACCUUCGGUCAAGCAAGGCGUGCUCUAGGAUUUUCCAGUCUGGCUUCGCUCUAGACUGGAGAGCAGGGGAGAAAGAGAAGGAGGAUUAAAAAAAAAAAAACCCCAUGAACCAAGGAACCCCCCAGACUGCAGGGGAUUUUAGACCAGAUGAUGGAACGUGAAUCGGAAGGAAAAUAGGAAAGAUGGCUGAAACACGGGGCUUCUGGCUGGGUGGGAAGCGCCACCUAAGGGGGUCCCUGAAGCGGGCUAAUUCCUCCUCCUCUGAGUGGGGGGAGGGGGCACUCGGCGAAUCUCCGCAUCCGCAUCCGGACAGGAGUUGAGGCUGCGUCCUCACCUUCUUCCUCUGGGUAACCCUGAUUUUCUGAUUACGGGGAGAGGUGGAGCUGACGUCAGCAUUCAAGGCGCUGGAGUGACUUUGGGAGUCACUUCGUCCUCAGAACCUAGAGCCAGAAAGGAGGCGGCUCCCUACCCAGCAUUCACCCCUCUUGCGGCCGGGGGCCGAGGUCGCGCCAUCCUGGGGCCCUCGGAAGGGGGACGCCACCACGGACGCCCCCGGCCCUCCGCUACCGGCCGUGCUACGGUGGCAACGCAGGGGCACGUGGAAGCCUCGCCCGCGAUUUCCGCCCCCGUUGAUUUCCGCAGUCCCAGCAAGUCCGCGUUCGGGGCGGCGCGGGGCUGCGGCUCCUGCGCCCGCACUUACCGCCGCCCCACCGCGCACCCCUCGGCGCACCCGAGAAUGCCGGGUGUCAGGCGGGUGGGGUGGGGUGUGAACCCCGCUCCCCGGUAACCCCGACCGCUCUCCGGGCGCCUGCGGGUCCGCACGCCGGGUGGGGAGGGGCCCGGGGCCGCGGUUUUCCCGGAAGCAAGUGCGGGUCAGUGCGCGUCCCGCCGCAAGCCCCGGCUUCCGCCGCUGCGGGGUGGCCCGGCAGGGCGCGGCGGCGUCGCAGGGGGCUCGGGCCAGGAGCCAGACCCCGGGGGACGAGAUGCUGCGCGAAUCAGCUCCAGGCCGGUCCCGCGCCGCCGCGGCCGGGAGACCCCGCCCGCCGGGCAGGCGACAGCGUGCGGCGACCCGGGGGCGGCACGGGGAGCGGGCGAGCGGCGUGCGCCGUGCACUUCCUGUUCAGUGCACGCGGCCUUCCACCGCCCCGCGCUCGCCCAGCCUGCCGGGCCGCGCCGCCCCUCGCCGCCGGCUCCCUAUCCCCGGGACGCGGCGCGGCGGUGGGACGCAGCGGGCGCGCCCUCCGGCUGGCAGGGCCGCGCCAGCCGAGCCGCCGCCCGAACUUCGGCGCGCAGCCGAGCGGAGAGCCCAAUUGCCGGGGCGUUCGCGUUUGCGCCUCCUCCUCCCUCCCCUCCGCCCCAUCUCGCCCAGAAGGGGGACGGGCCGAGUUCCAGGCUCGGGGCUGGUUCGUUCUGCGGCCCAGGAUUAUAUUUACACACACACUGUCCCACUCUCGCCAGAUUGUCCGCUUCGGCGCAGGCACGGGAGGGUUGUUUUCCAAAGUACCGUCUUUCCCUGCACCUGCCUUUCAGAUCACCUCUGGGAACCUGUGGGAGGAGCUGACAGGGUGGACGAUGUUGCUUCGCUUUGCAAAAGGAAGAAAACUUUGUCACCCAGAGGGAGACCUCUGCCACGCGUAACCCGGAGAGAGACCGAGAACCAGGACAGGCUUUGGCUUUGAUUUUGCAUCGAUGAGCCCGUAAGGAGGAAGAGGACACGUGAACUCAGCGCACACGCCGACCGCCAUCCUCCCCGGUGGCGGCGGCCCCAGGUACCUGCGCCACCUUCCCUCCCCGCGGAAGUCCCCACGCGGUGUCUCCGGGGUGGAAGGCUAAUCAUCAAGAGCGCGCGGCUCGAGGCCAACGGCAGGGGCCGGGCGAGGAAGGAGAGGACCGAACUGCAGGAACGAGUUACCCGGAAUUAACUUCUGGUUAAAGUUAUGGGAAGCUCGGCCAUGGACACCAAGAAGAAGAAAGAGGUUUCCAGCCCCGGCGAGAGCAGCGGCAAAAAAAAUCCCAGCCAGAAGAGGCGUUCGCUGCGAGUGCACAUCCCGGACCUGAGUUCCUUUGCCAUGCCUCUCCUGGACGGAGACCUGGAGAGCUCAGAAAAGCAUGCUUCUCGUAAGGUGGACAGCCCCUGCAGCUCGGGCAGCCCCUCCAAAGGGUUCUUCUCUCGAGGCCCCCAGCACCGGCCCUCCAGCCCCGUGUCUGCUCCCGUGAGGCCCAAGGCCAGCCCCGGCUCUCCCAAAACCGUGUUCCCAUUUUCCUACCAGGAGUCCCCUCCGCGCUCCCCACGCCGCAUGAGCUUCAGUGGGAUCUUUCGCUCCUCCUCCAAAGAAUCUUCCCCCAACUCCAACCCGUCUACCUCGCCCGGGGGCAUCAGGUUCUUCUCCCGCUCCAGAAAAACCUCAGGCCUCUCCUCCUCUCCGUCGACACCCACCCAAGCGGCCAAGCAGCACACGUUUCCUCUCGAAUCCUACAAGCAUGAGCCUGAGCGACUGGAAAAUCGCAUCUAUGCCUCCACUUCCCCUCCGGACACAGGCCAGAGGUACUGCCCGUCCUCCUUCCAGAGCACAGCUGGGCCUCCAUCAGCAUCACCCACGCACCAUGCUUCCUCCAGAACCGCGGCGCUGGCGGCGGCCCCGGGACCCGCGGAAGCCGGCAUGCUGGAGAAAUUCGAGUUGGAAGAAGAAGAAGACUCAGAGAGUGGCGUCUACAUGCGCUUCAUGAGGUCCCACAAGUGUUACGACAUCGUUCCCACCAGUUCAAAGCUUGUGGUGUUUGAUACAACGUUACAAGUGAAAAAGGCCUUCUUUGCCUUAGUAGCCAAUGGUGUCCGAGCAGCGCCGCUGUGGGAGAGUAAGAAACAAAGUUUUGUAGGAAUGCUAACAAUUACAGAUUUCAUAAAUAUACUACAUAGAUACUAUAAAUCACCCAUGGUACAGAUCUAUGAAUUAGAGGAACAUAAGAUUGAAACAUGGAGGGAGCUUUAUUUACAAGAAACAUUUAAGCCUUUAGUGAAUAUAUCUCCAGAUGCAAGCCUCUUCGAUGCUGUAUACUCGUUGAUCAAAAAUAAAAUCCACAGAUUGCCAGUUAUUGACCCUAUCAGUGGGAAUGCACUUUAUAUACUUACCCACAAAAGAAUCCUCAAGUUCCUCCAGCUUUUUAUGUCUGAUAUGCCAAAGCCUGCCUUCAUGAAGCAGAACCUAGACGCCCUUGGCAUCGGGACCUACCACAACAUCGCCUUCAUCCACCCGGACACUCCCAUCAUUAAAGCCUUGAACGUCUUUGUAGAAAGACGAGUGUCGGCCUUGCCUGUGGUGGAUGAGUCAGGAAAAGUUGUAGAUAUUUAUUCCAAGUUUGAUGUCAUUAACCUUGCUGCUGAGAAGACGUACAAUAACCUAGAUAUCACAGUGACCCAGGCCCUUCAGCACCGCUCCCAGUACUUUGAGGGCGUCGUGAAGUGCAGUAAGCUGGAAAUACUGGAGACCAUCGUGGACAGAAUAGUGCGGGCCGAGGUGCAUCGGCUGGUGGUAGUAAAUGAAGCAGAUAGCAUCGUGGGUAUUAUCUCCCUGUCAGACAUUCUGCAGGCCCUGAUACUCACGCCCGCAGGUGCCAAACAAAAGGAGACGGAAACCGAAUGACCGCUGUGAGUGGAGAAGCCCUCGUAGGAGAACUUGAACAAAGAUUCUGGGUCACGCUUUGCCUCAUGAACACUGACCGUGUUAGAAGACCGUAAAAUGGCUAAGAAUGUAUAGCAGGGUUUAGCGAUGGGUAUUUUUUCCAGUGACGUUGAAACUGAGCAUAAGAAACAGGUUUUAUGUGUUUGAAGAUUCAGCCUUGCAUUAAAAGACUGUUUUCAGACCUUCGUCUGAGCGAUUUCAAAUGCUGUAUGUUAUUAAAGUGCACUGUCCUGAAAUUUUUUUAUUAUUUUUCGUUUCAAAGAAUUCACUGGUCUGUAACAGGUAAUAUGACAUAAGGCGAGCGCAUGGCUUCUUCAGACCUAGUGCCUUAUGUCGGAACACGUGAUAUGUCAUCACUGCGGCCCGUGGCAGCUGGAGCCACACGGUGCUGGGGCGUGACCGUCUUUGGACCUUUACCAAAUCAGUUUUGUUCUCAUUAGAUUUGUCAAACCGUUGUAAUUUGGAUAUAAAUCAUUACUUUGUAAAACUUCAAUGGCAGUUUUACGUUUAAGUGUCUGUUCUGAACUACAGUGUAAACAAAACUGCUUUACAACAGCUUUAUUUAUUUUUACUUUCCUGCAUUUUUUUUUUUUUUUUUUUUUUUUUACACAUCCUGGUGGGUAAGCCUCCCCAUGCCCGUUAAUAAACCAUCGGUGGUUAUUUUUAAAAGGCAAAUUUCUCAUUUAAGUUUGGAUCUGGAAAGCAUAGGACUUCUAAAAUAGCCACUGUUAGAGUGGAAAAGCCGAAGUUUCUGAAAGCACGGGUGAAAACGUGCUCUGCUAGACUGGGAACAGGCGGCGGUUAUGAGCAGACAGAGUGCCGGGAAGAGGUCUAUUUUUUUCUUGUGUACUGAAACGUAAAAUCACAAUGUUUGUACGGCUGCUGUGCGAUCGUCCGUGUAAAUUCUAUUGUGGCACAUGCAAUAUGUCAUGUGGUUGAAGAGAAACCAUGUUUCCUAAUGUAAGUGCUCUGAAAAUGUCCACACUGUAUAUAUAUAUGAGUAUAGUUUGAUUUUUUUGUUGUUGUUUUGGGGUUUUUUUGGCAGAUUGAAAGAUUAAAGUAAAUCUUAUUAUCGA